AUUUGUAGGAGGAAGAAAAAGGUAAAAUGCAGAGGGAAGAGAAGAAGAAUCAGCUUCAUAUAGUGAUGUUUCCAUGGCAUGCUUUUGGGCAUAUCAGCCCAUUUAUACAGCUCUCUAACAAGCUCUCACUUCACGGCCUUCAAAUCUCCUUCUUCUCCGCCACUGGCAACAUUCCCCGCAUCAAAUCCUCCCUCAAUCUCCUUCCAAAUGUCCAAAUCAUCCCUCUCUCAAUCCCUGACGUUCCUGGUCUCUCUCCAGAUCUCCACAACACUUCUCAAAUGACCCCUGCCAUGGCCGAACUCCUCAAGCAAGCUUCUGACCUCAUGCAGCCUCAAAUUCACGACAUUCUGUCUCAUCUUAAACCCCAUUUUAUCAUCUUUGAUCUCAUUCUAGACUGGAUUCCGAAAAUCGCUGCCGAACUUGGCAUUAAAAGAAUCUCCUUCUCUGUUUUCUCCGCCAUUGCUGGUGCUUACCUCACUGUUCCUGCCAGGCUGAUUAGUGGACAUACUCUUGAUGAUUUGACCAAACCACCCGACGGGUUUCCGGCAACCUCUGUUACUUGUGUCAAACGUUUUCAGGCUCGAGAUUUUUUGUAUAUGUUCAAGAGCUUUGACGGCCGCCCUGGUGUCUUCUACAGAGUCAUUGACUGCUUGCGUAGCUGUGACGCCGUGGCCAUGAAGACAUGCGAGGAAAUGGAGGGUCCUUACGUGGAUUUCAUGAAGACCCAGUUUCAGAAACCGAUUCACUUGACCGGUCCCCUUGUCCCCGACCCACUGUCCGGCGUGCUGGAGGAGAAAUGGGCAAACUGGUUGGGUCAGUUCCCGGACAAGGCCGUGGUUUUCUGUUCUUUUGGGAGCGAAACGUUUAUGAACCAAGAGCAGAUAAGAGAAAUAGCUCUUGGAUUGGAACUCACUGGGUCGCCAUUCUUUCUUGUUCUGAACUUUCCCGGCGGUGUUGACGGGCUGGCGGAGCUUGAGAAGGCUCUGCCGAAAGGGUUCGUGGAGAGAGUGAAAGGGAAAGGUUUGGUGCACGUAGGUUGGGUUCCACAGCAGCUGAUUCUGGCUCAUAAAAGUGUGGGUUGUUAUGUGUGCCAUUCAGGGUUUAGUUCGGUGAUAGAAGCAUUGAUGAACGAUUGCAGGCUAGUACUGUUGCCAUUCAAGGGUGACCAGUUCCUGAACUCCAAGCUCAUAGCUCUGGAUUUGAAGGCUGGUGUGGAGGUAAAUAGGGAAGAAGAGGAGGGGUAUUUUGGGAAGGAGGAUAUUUGUGAAGCUGUUAAAACAGCAAUGGCAGAUGAUGGAUCCAUUAAAGAGAAUCACGAGAAGUGGAGGGAGUUUCUGGUGAAUGAAGAAAUCCACAAGAAGUUCAUUGCUGAUUUGGUUGAGCAAAUGAAAGCCAUGCUUUAGUUUAAUUUAAUUAAGCCUCUUUCUUGUAGGCACUCCUUAAGAAGGUUUUAAAAGUUAAAUGUUUUUCUUAAUCUAUAUUUAGUGAAAUUAAUAAUUUCUAAUAUGAUAAGUGUAAUAACAAAAUUCUCAAACAUUUUAUUACGAAAUAAAAU